AUGACAAACCCACCACUCCCAUCCUUGGGAUCAGACCUACUCACAAAAGCAAGCCAUUCAUCUACAUCUGCUCCUCAUCCUCGUACCCUAAAAACCUCAUUCCCACCCAUAGACACAGCCAUAAACGGCAUUAAAUACGGUCGUAUCACAAAUAUCCAAUGUGAAAUCGCGAAUCAUGGGACUGUUUUAUCCCAUCACAUCAUAGCUUCUCACCUCCUAGACCCAUCACAAGCAGCCGAAAGAUCACAGGUCGCGUACGUCGACACGACGGGUAGCUUCUCCGCUGUUAAUUUACUCAAAGUGUUGGAAUAUAGAUUACAACAGGGUGCAACGCAAGAACGAGGGUCUUCUACUACUACUAAUAAUACUAAUACUGCUGCUAUUGCUGGUGGUGAUGGUAGUGGUACCAGUACUAGGACUGCCCCUGGUGGGAGUAUUGGUCGGAAUGAUGUAAGGCAGCAUGCGGUGGAAUUAUUGGAUCGCGUGCAGUAUAUGCGAACGUUUGACUUUGAUGGGGUGAUGGAAACUGUAGCUGAGGUUUUUGGAGGGAUGCCAAAGACGGGAGUUGAACGGGUGGGAGCUGAAGACGAAGAAGAAGAAGUGAAUGUCGAAGCUGAAUCGAAGGGGUUAGGAUUACAUGAUGCCGAGGAGGCUAUUCAAGAUUCAAUAGUGGAGGAGAAGGAGGAAGAGGAAGUGAACCCGAAAUCAAGGAUUACAACCCCAGAAGAAGGAGAAGAAGAAGAAGUCAAAAAGGAACAAACCCCAGAGAACGAGGAUCAUAUGGAGGUAGAACCCGCGGGAUCACCCGCGGAACAACUAGGCGAGCGGACAGCCAUCCCAGAUUCCGAAGCUGACUCGGAUGAAGAGAUAUUCUGGCCAAUUCCAUUGUUACCGAAACACGACCCAGGCCUGCAAGGGAACAGGAAACGACGGAGAGACAUCAGGGAAACUGAAUCCGGACUUGAAACAGCUGUUAUAAGCGGAGAAACAAGAGAUCUUCAUGAGAAUGAUCCAGAACCGUCUAGAUCCCUAGCUACAACGGAAGAAGGAGAAGGAGAAGCAGAAAGGGAGGAGAUACCCGUCCCGCCCGACCUAGCAGAAGCGCUACCACAGCCACUCCCAGGAAGGAAUUUUGGCGUUAUAGUAUUCGACAAUAUUUCACGACCCCUCGAGAAUCUCCUAGAAAAAGGCGAAGUAGAGGCGAACUCAAAACUCACCCUUCUAUCACAAGGUCUAAGAUCCCUAGCUCGAGAUCAGGGAAUUGCAAUUUUGCUUCUUUCCACCCCUGCAAUCCUGCCACCUAAUACAAAAGAGCAGAAGAAAGAUACUUAUAUCAAAAACUCUAGUAUAUUCGCAAGAAUACAACCUACGGAAGGAUUACCCCGAACGCUAGGAUCCUGUCUUGAUCAUAAUAUCAUGGUAUCUAGAUACCCCCAAAACGAGGUAACAUCGCACAGACGCAGAAGCGGUGGCCAAGACAAAUUCAUAAUAGAGACCGUGGCUGAAAGGCAUGGUGGCAGCGUUGGCCAAUGGGGUGGGUUUAUGAUCAAAGUAGGUCAUAGCUGA